UGUCAUGAUUUGCAUUUCAGAUUCUACUAUUUGCAAUUAAUAAAUUAAUUUUUUGCUUUUAAGAAACAGUAAUAUUUUCAUGCAUUGUCAGCAUACAUAAUUUGCUUUAAAACUUUUGAAUGCUUAGUAGGAAUAGACUAACAGAUCUCUCAGAAGACACUGCUUCCAUUAUGAUGGCUGGAUUAAUUAAAAUGACUUAAACUGGACAUUGUAAUGUGAUACUGCAUAUCUUUUUGUAGUUUCCAAAUAACAUCUAUCGCACUCUUUUAGUGUCUAGCUGACUUCUUUCUUCUAUACAGUAUUCUUUUUUUUAAUUGUAUUUGGUGAUACAAGUUUUUUCUGUUGGCCAUCAUUUGCUUCAAUCAGAUUUUAAGGAUUAGUUAGGUGUUAUUGUUAAUUUUGGAAACAAAUUUUAUCAUUCUUCAGAGCAAUUAAUUUCUUUUGUUGCGAUUCUACAAUGUUUUUACUAUUUCAAGCACUUUUGUGCGAAUUUAUUCAUUUUAUUGUUUAUCUAAUUAUAUUUAUUUUACUUCUGAGUGUUUAUGUUUGACAGAAUUCAGUAUUUUAUUUAGUUCAGGGUUUUUUAUCCCUCUCCCUUGCUUUUCUCAUGUCUGAUUCCAUUUACUAGUUGCUUCAAGUCAGUUUUAAUGAUUAGUUUUUAUUUGAGUACUUAUGGACAUUGUAAAUAGAGAAAAUACAACUGUAAGGAAACAAAGCUUGAUGUUGUUGCAUAUUUAUAUCUAAAGUCUGUUACAAAUAAUAUUUAUUUAUUCGUUAAUUUCCAUAAGCAUUCUUUAGGUGCAUGAAAUUUUGUACUACAAUUUUUGUUAAUGAAUUGGUGAUAAUCAUAUCUAUGAUGUUAACAAGAUGACAGCUUCUCUAGAUGGUUUUUCUUAUGUCUUUAUUGGCUGUCUUUCAUGAAAAUGAGCUCAGCACAAUUAGAUGAACAUAUUCAUAAUAAAACAGUGGAACUUGAAAUGCUACGUCAAGAAUAUCAAGCAUUAUUGGAAUCUAGAAGUUGCAUUUCAAAUUCAGAAACUGAAGUUCUGAAUUCCAAGCUUUACAACUUAAUGGCUGAAGUUAAAUACUUAAAAAAGUGUGAACCAGAAAUUUUGCCCAAAUAUGAUGUUUUACUUUACGCUUGGGUUCAACACUCUUUAGAAGAAGACAUGAAACAGAAAGAAAAGGUCAUUUCCAAUCUAGACAAAAUGCUUGAAAAUGUUUCUAAGAGGAGGAAAUUAUUGAUUCAAAAAUGUCCUAAUUCUAUCUGUGAGGAUUUAACCAGAAGAAUGAUGAAGGAUGCAAAAUCUAAGAAUGAGCUACUGCAUUGUUUACAUAGAAAGAUGGUCAGACGUUUGAGACGGUUAUCCAGGCGUUUCUCAACAAUUCCUGAACAAUCAGAAAAGAUAAAUAAAUCAACCAGGGAUAUAACUGGAAAAGUUUUGACAAGAAGUUUCUAUAGAGUUCUUAAAGAAUUUGUAAUAGAGUUGCAAGACAGAACUUUCAAAUCUGACGAUUGGGAUCAGUCACUGCCUGUUUUCAUUGAUCGAACUUAUUCUAAAGAACACAUCAGUACCCUUUGCAAAACCAAUAUCAUACUGAAAUCUGUCAAAACCCCUUCCAUCUAUUACCUGAGAACCAAACAUGUGAAGUAGUUCACAAGAAUUUAUAAUGGUUUGUUAAUAAUUAUAUUGUAUUGCAUAUAAUUUAUAUUUAAUUCUGUGCGGUUUGUCUCUUGAAUCUUUUUUAGUAUGUGAAAUAAAUAAAACAACUUUUAUGUUAACUUUUUUUAAUUACACUUGGAAAUGUAAAUCGAAUAAGAUGAACUGGAAUGUCUUGAGAUUCUUUUUUAUGUGUAGUUCUUGAUUUACUGAUAUUAAAUACCAUUUCAUAAAGUG